AUGAACCGCGGCGGCACUGCAGGUUUCGACUGGGGCUUCGAAUGGGGUUCGGGGGUGGCGUCAGAUGCUGUGUAUGAGAACGUUGAGUUUGAGGAGCUGCUGCUACAGAUGCGAGAAGCUGAGUCUCUGGAGGAGCAAGGAGAUAUUCUGCACUAUCUGGUUGUACAGUUUGGGUUGAACUAUGAGACUGGCUCAGUGAUUGAAGGACAGCCAGUCAUUGUUAAGGACCUUUUGAAGGAUCUCUAUGAGCGAGCAUGCCAUGACAAGAACUGGGCUCUUGUCAGGCAUACUGCUGGAAUGCUGGGCAAGAGGGUAGAAGACCUGGCCAAAGCAGUCACAGAUUUAUUGGUGCGUCAGAAGCAGGUGACAGUUGGACUUCCUCCCCACCACGAGGUGACCAUCACAGCCCCACUCCCAGCCUCUGAACUGCGGGUCCUCAUCCACACUGCAUACGGAGCAGAUGAGUCCACUGCCAUGUUGACACAGGAGUUGUUGGUGUAUCUUGCCAUGUUCAUCCGCACAGAACCAAGUCUUUUCCAUGAAAUGCUGAGGCUCAGGGUUGGCCUCAUCAUACAGGUUAUGGCUUCCGAGUUGGCCCGCACCAUUAAGUGUGAGGCAGACAUAGCUUCCGACCAUCUGCUGAACCUGUCGCCAUUUGAGAUGAAGAACCUUCUCCAUCACAUCAUGUCAGGGAAGGAGUUUAACAUUGGAUCAGCUCGUAGUGGCACCUUCUUCAUCAGCAGCAAGUCAACCAAACUUAGCAAGAAAGGGUUGAAUGCUGAGUGA